AUGGCGAUUGGCGCUCCAGGGGCACCAGACCUCUCCGUUGAGCUCGUGACGCCUCCUAUGUGGACGCAGCCAUCCAAGAAGACCAUGUGGAGACACGCAACCCUCGUCACAGUCUCGCUUCUGUUUGCCUCCCUCCUCGUGUUCCUGUCGACCACGCAGAGAGGAGAUGUCUCGACGCUCGAAUCUCAUCAGAUGAAAUUCAUGCCGGAUCCUCGAGACGCUGUGAACUCCGCAGUGCAAACUGUCGUUCAAGUCUCACCCUUCACUGAUUUUGCCGGAUCAGCCAAGGCCUUGGAUGGCAAGAACUGGAAGGUAGGCAUUCCCAAGAUGCUCAUGGAGCCCCAGUGGGCAUCCCGGAGCGGCCGUGAGGCAGCAGCAAACGCCCUCCGUCAGCCGUUCAAGGUCCCGCUUCAGAAGAACGACAGGGCAGUCCCAGGAGCCGUGUCGCCGUUAGGAGAGUAUGCGCCCAAGAAGCCUCUCUACAACAACCCACUUGCUCAGUUCAUCCCCAACGUGACCUACUGGCCCAAUGGCGACAUCGUGUACGACUGGAAAGGCCCCUGCAAGGCUGACGACAUGGAGUGCAAGCAGUGGAAGAUUCGUGGGUAUGAUUCCGGAGCCGUGGUCCUCGGGCACAGGAAGAUCGACAGAUACGGUGUUCCCCUUGCGAAGUUUGGAUUGGAGGCUCCCAAGGUGCUGGCGGGUGAAGACAUUGAAAGGCGCGAAGAGAAGGACGGAGUCCCGAGCAAAGUAGCUGAGCAUGACGCGGAGAGGGUGUUGGCGGACGAAGGAGAGGAGAGCGGAGAGUCGAAGAAGAGGGCAACGCAAGAAGCCAAGGAAGCGAUCUUUGAUGCGGCCGUAGCGAAAGCGGAAAUGGAGGAUUCUCUGAAGAGGAAGAAGAAUCAUUACGUGAGGAAAACCAAGAAAGAGGAGGAGCAGGCUGCGAAGUUCCUGGUCCAUUUGUUCUCAAAGGUCAAGGCAGAAAAGGCGGUGAGGGAGAAGGAGCAGCAAGAGGAGCGGUACUUGAAGCACUAUGUAAUCAAGAUAGAAGGUCGGGAGACAGGAAGGCACUACAAAGGUCCUCCUGACGCAUCGAGUGAUGAAGAGAGAGUGGAGGAGCCAAGUCGGGGAGACUUGGAGGACUCGUUCGAGGAGAGAAGACCCGAGAAGCGAGGCAUCGAGAUCGUUGAGGAUGUUUCUCCGGUGAUCGACAGGAGCGAAGACAAAGAGAGCUCUGUCAAGUACCUCCAGCCAAGUGAAGAUGACGAGCAAGUCGAUCCAGACGAAGUAUACGAUGAAGGAGGGGCGAUGGAGGGGAGCGAGGUACCACUGAGGAUGAGAAGGGCAGUCAUGAAGCGCUCGCCGAACAUGCGGGGAUACGUGCUGAAGCCCUUCUACACCAUGACAGCAUAA